UGAAUAAUGUCUAAAGUCACGGCCAAAGAUCACAGACAGAAGACUCAUCAGUCACGGUUUGGGUGUUAGCUCUAGCCGCUCUUGAAAGGUGGUGUUGUUUGCAGUGAACCUACGCUCACGUUGGAAUUCACUUUUCCAGUGCGCCCGCUGAGCUUGCUGUGUGGGACCAUUCAUCAGCGCAGUGACAGUCAGGACUCACGAGAGCUGCUCUAUUGGCUCGCGCCAACUCCAGAAAUCAAUUCGGUGUCAGCGCCAGUGUACUGCUGACAGUGAAGCCGGACCAAAUCCGAGCCUAGCCGUCCAUUACGCUGUGAGUGCAGACGGGACUCGCCUCGUUGUCCACACCGGCGGUAUCGUUGAGCCGGGAACAUUCUCAUUGAAGCGUGAACAACUACUUACUGUCUGAGUACAGUGUCACCACAUCAGCAGCCUGCCGAGAAUGGAUUCGGAUUCCCGCCACUCGUAUUACAAGCAACCGCACCCACACGACAGCGGUAUGCUACAGGUGUCUGAUCUUCACUCUGUCUACUAUGACGUAGGGGGCAACCCGAAUGGAAAGCCUGUCUUGAUUAUACACGGAGGUCCUGGGUCCGGGUCGCACGUGGAGAACCGAGCCCACUUUGAUCCCGCCGUGUUCCGCAUCGUCAUGACCGAUCAGCGUGGCGCCGGCAAGUCCACACCCUGGGCUGAGUUGAGGGAGAAUGACACAUGGUCUUUGGUCAAGGACAUGGAAACACUUCGGGAACACCUCAAUAUUGACAAGUGGAUGUUGUUCGGAGGCAGCUGGGGUUCUACGUUAGCGUUAGCCUACGCAAUCACGCAUCCCGACAGAGUGACGUCAAUGGUGCUGCGCGGUGUCUUCACAUGCAGGCCGAGUGAGAUCCGAUGGUUCUACCAGCACGGAGCCAGCGAGGUGUUCCCCGACUACUGGAAGACCUAUGCUGACAUGCUGCCGGAGGGCGAGCGUUCAGACGUGGUCAGCGCGUAUCACCGCCGACUCUGUAUGCCAAUUCACUCAGAAGACGGCAAGACCAAAAUCAUCUCGGACGAGGACCUGCAGGAGAUGGCUCGAUACGCAAGAGCGUGGGCAGCCUGGGAGUGUGCAACAUCGCGUCUGCAUAUCAGCGAGAAGGCCAUCAGCAAAGCAGACAACUCUACCUUUUCUGUGGCGUUUGCUCGCAUUGAGAGCCACUACUUUGUCAACAAGGGCUUCUUCAGCUCCGACAACUACAUCAUUGAUAACGUUCAUCGUAUCGAGCACAUCCCGUGCACAAUAGUGCAGGGUCGAUAUGACAUGGUGUGCCCUGUGCGUACAGCGUAUGACUUACACAGAAACUGGCCUGGCUCCAAGCUGGUCAUUGUACCCGACGGUGCACACUCCCGAAGCGAGCCUGGUAUGAAGCAAGAAUUGCUGGAGGCCGUAGCAGAGUUUAGCUGAGCCUGCCAGCAAUGAUGCGUGUGUACCUGAGCCUGCCAGGGAUGUGUGUGUGUCGCUGAGCCUGGCAUUGAUCCGUGUGUCACUUGGUCAAGAACAGUGGCGCACUGGCCGUUCACCACUUUCUGCAUACGUGUCCCGGGGAAGUGUCAACCUUCACGCGAUUUCCGACUCUGCAUAAACCUCUACGGCUGUCUCCCGUCUAUUUAUACUCAAUUGCCACUGCACCUGGGUUUCUUUUGAUCUGGAAGAGUCAUCGUAUACGUACGUGCACACCGGCGGGCUAGCGAAGGAUUGUGAACUGGUUGGCUGGUCCAGGAGCUGAUUUGAAUCGGCUUGCACUCCAGGCAAAGCAGGGAGCAUUGCCAAACCGGCCGAAAAGCCACACGCAUCGGAUAGUCCCAGCAGUGCUGCUAUGGAUGCGCGUGCGUCGGGGGCAUUUGAUCCGAAUCUGAGCCGCUCAGUUUGUGCUCGAUGCCGCAUGUUUGCCUACCUGUGUAUGAUACUGCGCCAGCGCGGUGCAAGGUGUACACCACACCGUGGCAAGUCUCCUAUGUCUUUUCCUAUUCUGAACAACAACAAACCGACCGAGCAUACAUGUACAUGUAAAUUUUUUUCACGAAAGAACACGAACCAACUCGAGACGAAAAAGAUCAGUAUCUAUGCUUUGUAAGACGUUCAGCGUGACUGGAUUCUACGUGUAGUUGCCCUAUAGUAAUACCGUAGUCAUCAUAGCUAGUCAUGUCACAGUUGGAGCAUCCUGAAUUUCGUACCGUGUGUCUGCGCUAGCCGUAUUAACUGUCGUACCCGUAUGCACACAUUCCAUCCCUGGCUACGCUUUGGAACUGUUUUCGUUGCCUGUGUCCUCAUCUCUCUUCGUUUUGUUUUCGCUGCCUGGGCUCUCAUUUAUCUUUGCUUGCUUGCUUGCUUGUAUUGCUGAGGGAACAUAUGCUGGUUUGUAUUCGUGGGUCUCCAUGGUGCAUGGGCGACGCGUACUCAUCCGGCGGAUAUGUGUGAAUGAAUGAAUGUAUUCACACUUCCUAUUUUUCGAUUCAGUCACGUCCCUUUCCUAGGUUUGAUAGCAUUUUCGUCUCCGAGGAAACUGAGUACAGUCGGCUCCUGUUCUAACGAACACCAUUGUGCAGGAUGAUUAGUUCUUUAUAGACGAAAUUUCUUAUUGGUAUUGGUAUUGAUUUAUUUGAAUUCGGUAUCUCAACA